AUGGCCUUAUACACGAAAGUUAACAAGCUGUCGUUGGACACAACCCAAUUCUUCUCGUGCUCACAACUCUUGCAGUUCCUUCGUACCUUCCCCAAACUCAAAAACAUAUGCUGUAGGAACGAGCCAGAAUGGGAGCUUUUGUCUGACGAAGCUGUAUUGGCUCCAGUGGUCAAAGACAUGAAGGCAUUCACCAAUGUCUAUCUUGAUCGGGUGCCUUCAGCCUUUGCUGCAAAAUUCUUCAAGCUGUUUGCGAACCAAUGCCACGAGCUCCGAGAGCUUGAUAUUGCUCUCAUAGACGCGCCUGGACCCAAAUUACAAGCUGCCAUCGACAAGGCUGGGGCAGCUCUUCGCACGUUCACAUGCCGGUACGAACAUCAGGAACCAACCAUCCCACCACAAUGUACCACCCCCUCGCUCAUGUACAAUACCGGACUAGAAUCCCUGAAUGUGACCUUCACUGUAGCCUCGUCACUGCGCAUAUCAUGGAUUCACGGGACACUCUCCUCUCUCUUCAUGCAGCUUAGGAGCCCGUGUCUGGAGCGCAUGAUCAUAGGUUUCUAUUUUGAAGAGCCUGGCAUCGACGCUGGUAUGGACCUCGACACAGAUCUGGAGACUGCUUCGUCGGACAUGGCCAUCUUCCGCGCUACAAUCUCUCACGACAUUUUUUCCGGCCUACCCCCUGGGAGUGUAACCCUGAGGUUCAAUAUCCAGACCAAUAUCGACGACUUGAGUGCGAGACCCUUUUAUGCCGAUCCAACACUCCCUGAUCAGUCCAUGUCCAUGGCCAUCCGAUCAUUUGUGGUGCCCCUCUUCAUCCCAUGGCUAUCCCAUGGGGUUAUGAAGAUUCAACUUCCGGAUGGAUCACUCGUCGUUGAUCCACCAGGCCCGGACAGCGAAACUUCGGAGUUUGCAUCUAAUGCUGCCGGGGCUAUCGGGCCUGUUAUCUACUGCGAUAAGAUCACCGUCCCGCCCUCGGGCGCCGUCGCUCCUGGGCCGAGUCCCGCUCCCCUCGGCGUUGUCUCGGCGGCGCUUCCCCGCCUCCCACGCGCCAUCGCGCGCGCUGUCGUCCUCGUCGUCGGCCACAACGACGACGACUAA